GUUCUCCCGGAAAAUACGCCUUGUUGCUAUACGUAGCUGUUUCUUAUACGUUGGAUUUCUAUAAGGUUUGACUUUAAAGAAACAGAUGUAUUCACACUUGUAAUAAUUUCUGAAUUUAUUAAUGUAAAUUUAUUUGCCAAACUCAUUCGAUCACUUGUGCAUUUGAAAAAUAUAGUGACUAAAAGGAAUUGAGUCUUUGCAACAAACUCUGAUUUUUUAAUCCUCAUAUCUUUUUUACCCAUCUUAGAUAUCUUAAACUAUGAAUUAUGCUGGAUCCUAUAAAUUAAGUUUGAAAUAUCAAAGGUUUACACCAUCAAGUUUUAAAUAUAUUGGGAUUAAUAAACUUGAGUUGUGACACAGACUCAAUUCCUUUGAAGAUUGACACGAUAAGAUUUAAUAUUUUUUCACAAUUAUUCUCUCAUAUAUUUAGAAUUUUGGUGUAGUGUUUAGCAGGGUAAGUUGUUGAUAAUGCCGAAUCCUUAUUUGAAUUACGAGUUUUUUUUCAGAAAAUGUGGAAAAAUGUUUGGUUUUGUAAAAACUUUCAGUUUUCCUUCAAUAUUCUAUUAUUCUAUUGUAGAAAAAUCCUAGUAGGAACAAUUAUUCUGACUGCAGUAUUUCUGUUUUCAUUAUCUUUGAAUUAUUCCAACCUUGAAUUACCCUUUUAUGGCAUCUCGGGCCUGCAGACCAGUUCAGAAUAUUCAGAUAGGCUGAGUUUAUUGAACAGGGUUUGCGAAACAUACAAGAAACAGGUUCAAAAUAUUUCUGUAAGAGUAUUUCACUUGGAAGAUGCAAUACAAAUCUCUUUAAAAUCAGAUAUCUUAGUUGACAGAGAGAGAGAUUUUUUUUGGUGCAAGGUUCCUAAGGCUGCGAGCACCAGCUGGGUAGAACUCUUCUUAUCGGAACGGAAACGUAAAGAAAACAAUAUAGGACUAACUCAUACGAUACUAAGACGACUGAUGCCGAGGCCAAAAUCACUUUUAGAGCUCCAAGAUAUUCAAACAAACUCCUUCUCAUUUCUGACAGUUCGACAUCCAUUCGAUCGUCUGCUUUCAGCAUACCGGGAUAAAUUCUUUCGUCUUGAUAACUCCAGCGAGGAAAAUAUUAAAGCUAGCAAGUUUUAUAAUCUGUAUGGAAAAGAAAUAAUCAAAAAUUUUAGAACAGAGCCUCUAGAGCAUGAUAUAUAUCAGAAAGUGCCGACUUUUAAAGAAUUUGUAAGUUAUUUACUAGAAACUACCUUUUCAAAGUUCAACGAGCACUGGUUACCGUAUUUCCUUCUCUGUACACCUUGCCACGUACGGUACAAUGUUAUCGGUAAAACUGAAACCAUAAACGAAGACAGCAGUUAUAUAAUGCAGAAACUAAAAGAACACGGCGUGUUUUUAACAGACCAGGAAAAGGGAUCUCUACAGCACACUCACAAGACGGGGAAUAAAUCAACAACUUCCAAAUCUCAAAACUAUUUCUCUCAAAUUCCUCGACGAAUGGUUAAGUCAUUGUACACAAGAUAUUACUUUGAUUUUUUAAUGUUUGGUUAUGAUAUCGAACCCUUCUUGUCUUACGCUAUCCCGAGUAAACCAUAAUAUUGAAUUGAAGGAUUUGUGAAAUAGAAUCAUGAGAAUAAACAAAGCACAUUUUUCGA